UGAUCAGGUAAACAACAGUCGCCCACAGCAGCAGGACCCGGGACCCACGCCAGGUGAACAGUGCUCUGACGCAGUUCAUAAUAUUUACUUUGGUCGAAUCUUCAUACAAACUGUACUGAAUAUUAACCCCAUCAACUCACCAUGGAUGCCUUGGAGUUAUUUAACGAAUGCAAGAAAGGAGACAUUGAAGAAGUCAGGCUUCUUGUUGAACAGCGAGAUGUGGAUGUCAAUAUACGAGACAAGUGGGACAGUACACCCCUGUACUAUGCAUGUUUAUGUGGCCAUCUACAAGUAGUGGAAUAUCUAAUAGGAGUAGGAGCCAGAUGUGAAGCCAACACUUUUGAUGGUGAGCGGUGUCUGUAUGGGGCCUUGACAGAUGAUAUUCGCCGGAUUCUAACGCAACAUAAUUUAGUAACUGCUCAUACCAUUAGGAGAGAUGCUUAUGAUGAAUUCCUAAGAAGAUUGUUUGAGAGUGGCGAGCAUAACGACAUAACCUUUGUGGUUCAGGGGGAGUCCUUUCCUCUCCAUCGAUGUUUGCUGAUCGCACGUUCAGAGUACUUCAGAGACAUGUUCUCAACUCGCUGGCACAACAGGUCAAGAGUGAGCAUCAAUAAAGAUUUGGUACAUCCAGGUGCCUUCAGAGCGGUGAUGAAGUACAUAUAUACUGGAAGGUUUGAGUGUCCUCUGGAGUUAGUAGAAAGAAGUAUUCGUAUUGGGUUGAACUGCAAGCUGCCCAACUUUAAGGCCAUGAUUGAGGAUGCACUAAAGAAGGCCCUAGCUUUACAGAUGGAGAAACACGGGCUAAUAAAAGUGACUACAGUGGUGGUGGAGCCUGACUCCUCUGAAGGAAUGGGGUCUGAGAGUGUAAGUGCCGAGCUACGUGAACUGACGCAGGCCACACUGCCACCACACCUCCGCUUCUGGCCCACUGAGAUGCCGUUUUGUAACACACAGGAUCAACCACCUUUUGCUGAUAUUUGUUUCAUGGUGGAUGGUUAUCCUUUCAUGUGUCACAAGAUGUUCUUCUGUCCUCGAAGUGAGUACUUUAAGGCCCUGUUGCGAGAUCAUUUUCACGAAGCUCAGUGGAGGGAUUCUACUGAUAGUCGCAUUCCAGUGGUCACCCUCAACAACAUCUCGGCAGAAGUGUUUGCAAUUCUUGUACAUUACCUCUACUGCAACCAGACAAUUGUGAAUAUGGAGAAUGCAAUGGAUGUUAUGGUUGCUGCAGACAUGUUGUUGGUGCCAGGCUUAAAACGUCAGUGCGGAGUGUACCUCGGCUCUCAGCUUAACAUUGACAACGUUGUCAUUAUCCUCCACUUAUCACGCAUGUUCCAGUUACCACGACUGGAAGACCAAUGUGUUGCUUUUAUGGCCAAAAAUCUGGAUCAGGUAAUGGAACAACAAGAGUUUAGGGACCUGGUUUUAGCAGACGCACAGGACGUUCAAGGCCGUCAAGAGACUGACACCGUUCUGAUUGUAGACGAGCUGCGUUACCAUAUAUCUUCAGCAGUCCAGACAAUAUCUGGCAUCCAUGAAGCACGCACCAAACUGUCGUCUCUAGAGGCUAUGCUGGAGGACCUUGGUAUUGAGGCUUAAACACACAACAGUAUAUCUCAAAUAUCAACCUAAUUAACUCCUAAUAAUACAUUUAAUUCUAGAAAGAUGAUUAUAAAUGCUAUGAGCAUUUUGGCAUUGGUCCAUGAAUGGGAUACAAUGAUGUAUUAUCCAUCAUAUGGUGGGAAUAUGUUACUUAUAUUUCUUAAAGAAAGAAUAUUCUGAUAUGCUGUACAUUCUGUUAUGUGUUUUAUGCAAUGUUAGCAAAAAGAAAUCAGUUAAAGUCAGACUAUCCGAAGUUUGAUGAGUGAAAGCCAUGAAUAUUUCGUGUUACAUAGAAAUUAGUGAUUAUUUAAUUUUAUAUAACUUGAAUACCUUGUUUGUGUAUAGAUUGUUUGCCAGUGUCUUACUAAGUUUACCACUAAAGUAUCCCUCGCAGGGUAUGUGUUAGAGAUAGAGUAUAUCAAGGUCUUAUAUUUUUAUGAAAUGUUUACUUGUUUUGUUUAGCCUGUUUAAAGGACUAUUUAUUCAAUAUUCUUCUAUUUAUGUCAGCCUCUAAUUUCAAUGCCUUUUUCCCAUUAACUAUUGCAUGAAUUAUAGUGUUGAGGAAAUAUUAUCUAAAUAAAUGAAUGACUAAUUACAUUACUUAACUUCGUAAAAAAUCUCGGACAUCAUUGACAGUGUGCCAUGUCAAUACAAACCAUUUGAAAAUUUGAUGUUAUACAUUUAUUUUUAUCAUAACUGUAAAGAAGAGUUAGACUGGAGAGAUCAUCAGUGCAGAGCUGUGUGCAGGUGAGUAGAUUUAAGCCAGGUUAGAUUUUAUCAAGAAUCCUUAAUGUGUCCUUUAUUUCUGGGCACUAUUAAAAACUUCAUAGUUUUUGUGAUGGCAGAAUUAAAGCUGAAAGUUGCUAUACAAAAACAAGUGUAAUCUUUCUUAUAUUUACAUGUGCUUGCAACUGGAUGGUUUCUAUUCAAGAACUUUCCCAGUCUGUAAGGAUUAAUUAGGCAUUUAUAGCCUAAUUCUUGUAAAGAAUGAUUCGUGAAUUUCCUGAUGACUGUACAUUCCAGACUUGGAUAUAAAAUUGGAUAUCAGGGUCAAUCCCUCAAUUUUAUGGUCUUACCAUUUUCAGUGGGUAUAUAAGGCGUCCCGAGUGAGAAACAUCAAAGUGCCAAAAACAAAAGAAACACCAAAACACACAGUAAAAGUUUAGUGAUAUUGAUACAGUAUUACUAUAACUUUUGAACUAAUAAUUAUAUCUAUAAUUUUUCUUUAUUUUGUAGCCAAUGACCUCCCCCCAUUAUAAGCUCUUAUAAUACAGGAUAUAGGCAAUUCAUUUAUAAUAUCAUAAUUUUUUGUAUGCAUUUAAACAAAGUACAUAUUAUUCUAAUAAGGAAAGCUUUUUUAAACUAUAAAAUUGUGUUUGCAUUUAAUAAUUAUGGAGGUAAAGGAAAUAUAUUAUUUAGUUCAAAAGAUUAUCAUAUUGUAUCAUGAUAAUUGCUAAAAGCACUGCAUCUUCUGGCAUCAAUUAUUCCAUGCAGAAUUCCAAAGAAUAGAAAAAUUCUCAUGAAUCACAGUAAACAUUAAAAUGGGGUAGUAAUUCGGAUGAUAAUUGAUGAUGAUAAUAACGAUAUUACUGUAUUGCAGAUUACCUAAAUGAUUUAAAGGGACUUUUGACCCUUUUGUGUAUGUCAUGACCUGUUAUUUACUGAUUGGGUCUGAAAUAGGUGUUUGGUGAAUAUAAUGGUAUAAAAAAGACAUUUUUGGCUUCGGUGAUACUUAAGACACAUCACAUGGGUAAACUCAUAUACAGUACAGUAGUCUUACUCCUGUCUGUCCGUCUGUUUGUACAAAAUGACAUUUCUAUCAGUACAGUAACUUGAACAGGUUAUUGUGGAUGAAAAUACAGUGUGGUAUACAGCUUUAAUCGGUGAUAUUUAAACUUGGUUAAGUAAUCUGCUUUCCCUGUACAUACUCUACACAGUUAUGGCUGCUGCUCUCCUUGAAAUAUGUUUCAGUGGACUACAAUUUUUUUUUAGAUUCUUUUUAACGCUGUCAUAAUCAGUCUCAGAUAAUAUUUUAUUAUCCCCUCUCACCCUGAGACAUGUGAAUUUUAUCCAAACAUGGCAUGUAGAUAUAUUGUAUCUCAAAGUGAGUUUGAUAAUAUUUUUCCCUGUCACUGUUCAGACUUACUACCCCUUCGACUUCUGUUGUUAUGGAGGCACAUUGCAACUUCUUUGGGGGGCAAACAAUUAUUACUCUUGUUGUCAACAUUGAGAUAUCAUAAUCACAUGAAUUGAAAUUUGCCUUAUGUAUAAAAUAAAAUCAGCUUAUGGUAAGUGCUUUAUGUAGAAGGUAAGAAAACUAGAUGUUUAAGAACCUAUUUGAUACCUAUUCUUAUCUGUCACACUAUUAAAAUUUAUUGCUUUUUAGUGAUAAUAUACAUUAAACUAGAUCCUGAGAAGUGCUGCUGUGAUCGGAGAUUUACUUUAUCUAGUCCUCUGGCCAAUGUGGUAUUUGGCAGCUACGCUUUAGCCAUGUUCAGAAAUACUCAAUACUAGUGUCAUAUGAUGCUGCACAUUAACCCCUUGUGUAUGGGGUCCCUUCUGAGCUGAGUAAAAUUAUUUGGCAUUAGCCAAAUAAAAUAUUAAAAGUGGCGUCCCCGUAGUGAAGGGGUUAAUGUGAAAUUUUUUUUCUUCAUUUAUAUACUGUAGUGGCUUACAAAGUACCGAAGAACUAUGGAGAAUUUUUCAAUUGCACAUCAACCAAUGAUGCAUAGGAUGAGAAGGCAGAAUGCAACACUAUCUUCCAACUGACAAUUAAUUAGCUACAGUAUUUACAAGAAUGGCUUCUGCAUCUCAUCCUGCUAUCAGCUUUGCUUUGAGUUUUACUUCUGCUAGUGACUUUGUUGGCUCUCCAAAAUCUUCUUUACUUAAAUAAGAGGUGACCUUUACCUAGAUGUACAGUCGGGGACAAAAGUUUGCUCCCUGUGGUGAAAGCGAGUCUUGGUAAUGAGUCUCUGAAUUGACUUACCCUGACCGUUUUAUUUUGUUUGGGGGUUGAUGCUGUUUCAUUUUGGGAGGGAGUGAACUUUUGACCCUAACUGUACACUUCUCUAUGAUACCUGUUUAAUACCAAAGAAUAUAGAAUAUCAGUGUGUUGUGUGAGUUUGCAUUAGAAUCUUACACUAUUGUAUGGUAUUAGUGUAUUCUUCAGCUGCUAUCAAAAUGGAGCCUCAUUUUGAAAGUUAAUGGCAGCAGUACAGUACUUCUUGUAAUAGGCAUUACCUCUUAUGUAAAACUCAAUACAGUAAUAACAACAGAAGAUAGUGAUAUCUAUUCUCAAUCUCAAUAGACUUUUACCACUGAACAUACACAAAUGUCUGAGACCAGUUCACUAAACAGAUCUAAUAAUCAGUGUAUCUGUAGGCACCUCAGAAUUUAGAUGUUUGUUAUUAGUGAGAAGAAUGGAAUUUGGUAAGAUAACUGGAAAUAAAGUAUGAAUAAAUUUUACUUUAAAUUCAUGUUUAUGGAAAACAGAAGUAUUGUCAUUUACUGCUUGACAAGUCCACUACUCAUAAUGCCUUUGUCAGCAUUAAUAAACAGAAUUGGUUCUCAUGUUAAAUUAUCUUUAAAAGAGAUUCAUUGAUUGAUCUCCCAGUUUAAUAUUUGUUCUCAUUUUUAAUGGGAUAAUAAAAACCUUUGUAAUUUAUAUUAUUUGGCUAAGGGUUUUGGCAAGUUAUGCAACUAAAGUUGGAUGUUAAAAUGUUCUCAUGCAAGGUGGUCUUAACCAAAAUUCCUAUACAGUACAGGUGCCCCCCC